AGAUUAAACUUUAAUUUUUUUCCUGUUUAUUUUUUAGUGACGAAUUAUGGAACUGAUUGGCACGUAUCUGAAGCAUCUAUCAGUUCUCCAUACAGAGCAUUUUCCAGAGAAAAGCUGUUCGCUGAUAUAAGUGUCAGGAUAGGCUUAAGCAGUGUUAAUGUAACAUUACAAGCUAAACCAAUUCACAAGAAUAGUGAUGACAUAAACUAUAAUGAAAGAUUUGGAUGGAUGGGACCUAGGCAACUUCAGAUGGAGUUUCGAGAAGCGUUAGUGAAAGGCCUGCCUUUCCCCAUUUUGACCAUAGCUGAAUAUCUUAGUCAAAAUAUGGAAGGAUUCUCAUGGGGUGGAAAGUACCGGAAAGCUGGAUACUAUACUUGCAUUCUACUGUGGACAGCCUUUGCAAUGUGGAUGCUGAUGAACAUUCUUCUAUGCAUGGUUCCUAGAUACGGCGCUUACAUGAUGUUUUUGACUGGAAUUCUCAUUCUGUGCUGUAAUGGCUUAUACACCCUGUUGCUGCCAAAGGUGCCCCUAAUUAUCCACUUCGAAUCCCAGGUGUUGCGCUUCACAUAUGGUUGGUGCUUUUGGCUUCUCAUGAGCGCAGGAAUGCUGUCCACUAUUGUUGGCCUCGUGAUGUCCCUUUUAGAUAAUUUCUAUCCAAACAAGUUCUCCACGAUUUUUGAAGUGGAUUAUGACACACCAUACAGAUAUUUUGUGGGUCAAGACUCUGCCAUCAUUCCAUCUCCUCUGAAAGAACACCCCUCUUUGGAAUUGAGCAGUACAACUUCAUCUCAAGAAUUCUCGAAAAUCGGAUCACCCAAUAGAUCUCCUUUAGGACUCAUCAAUGAUGCUUUUGAAGAAGAAGAUGAAGAUAAGUGCAAAGAAUAUGGAACGAUCAUAAACGGAAAACGAGCUGUCAGUUUAAAGAACUUCGGGAAAUUUGCGCAGAAAGAAGCCAACAGAAAAAAACACGUAUCGUACAUGUCGAGAAAAAUAAACAGUUUCUCCGGACCCCACAUUCCAGUUGGGCAUAAUGGGAAGCAAGUAAACAUUGAUAUGAAAUCUUCAGCGGCGCUCUGGUGAUUUACAAGUUGAUAAAAAAACAAAAAAUCUUGAACGAUUCCUGAAACGAAAGUUCCUAAAAACUCGUGGUGUGUACAGAAUCGCUACAUAUCAACUUAACCCAUCGCCAUUAACUCUCAUGAAAAUGUGUGGUGUUUGCAUGUGUUUUGUGUUCUUUUUUGUUGUACAAACUCUUUCCGUACAAUCUGACUUUAAAACGAACUACUUCACGAACUAGGACGAAUGAUUUUUUUUUCGCGUGAGACAUCCUUGUACUGUACAAGAGUUGAUUUGUGUACUCCUUAUUUUAUUUAAAAUGCCAAAUGUCCUAACUUUAUAUGUAUAAUCCUAGCUUUAAUUUAUUAAUUUGCUUGUUAAGACACGAAUUAACCAGCAUCGUAUGCUGCAAGAAGAUAUGAAUUAACCAUCAGCAUUGAAUGUUGCUACAAGAUAUGAAUUAACCGGCAUUGAAUUCAUGUAAAAAUCAGUUGUAUUUAUUUUUGACGGGAAGUGUCUUUAAAGGAUGGUUGGUUAAUUAUUCUAAAAUUUUCAUUCGAUUUUACUAUUAAUCACUGCCAAUGACUAGCCUGAAAUGUGUGAUCCAAUUAUUGAUAUUUGUUGUAGAGUGCCGUCCAAAGAAAAUGUGUAAAUGCCAAAUAGCUUGUGUAUUGUAUAUCGUGUCUUCUAAAAUUGUUGUGAUUUUAAUUGAUUUUUUUUAAAUGAUGGAAUUGAAAGCUGUGCUUCAUUCUCUAGUCAUGAAUUGAUAAUGACUGGAAUCGUUGACUUACACGUUUCUGUAUCAUUGUGAAUAAAGAUAUUUUAAAUUA